UCUUCCCGCCGGCGCCUCGCCCGCGCGGAGCAAAUCUCCUCACAUAAACCUCGCUCACCCGCCAACUCCUUACUACAAUCUCCAUUCGCCAUCUCCCCCCCCCUCUCUCUCUCUCUCUCUCUCUCUCUCUCUCCACCCCCUUCCUCUCCCUCAGAUGGCGAUGCGGCCGAGACACUCCCCGUCCUUCUUCGGCGGCCUCCGGGCCCGGGAGCUCAGCGGCGGCAGGGGGUCCUCCCGAGCCUCGGCGGCGCGGCUUCCCUACCUCUCCGAUCUCUCCUCUGACCCCGGCGACCGCGGCUGCGGGGUCAUCUCCGUCGAGCACUCCGGCGACCCCGCCAUCCCUUUCGCCGUCUCCUUCUGCAAGGCCCCGCAAAUCUCUCGCCUUCUGGCGGUCGCCGACGAGGACGGUUACGUUAGCAUCUACGAUACCCGGCGGCGCCUCCCAUCCAGAUCCUCGUCCAUAGAGAAGACAGCUGAAACGAGGCUGUCCGAUUGGGUUGCUCACAACAAUGCAAUCUUUGAUGUGUGCUGGAUCAAGGAGGGAUCCCAAUUGCUGACUGCAUCAGGCGAUCAAACAGUAAAGAUAUGGAGCGUGGAAAAUCAGAAAUGCCUUGGUGUGCUGUCGGGACACACUGGAAGUGUGAAGUCACUGUCAUGUCAUUCUUCAAAUCCUGAGCUUAUUGUUUCUGGUUCAAGAGAUGGUUCGUUUGCUCUUUGGGAUCUAAGAUGUGAUCCCAAAGCUCCAAAUGGUCAGGGUGAAGCAUGCCUCAUGUCUUCUGCUGUUGUCAAAGAAGCACACAGUCCCACACGAAGAAGCCGGACAAGGUCUCGAGCAAAGGGAGCUUCGACGAGCAUCACAUCAGUUCUUUAUUUGAAAGAUGACAUUUCUAUUGCUACUUCUGGUGCAGCAGACAAUGUUGUGAAAUUUUGGGAUACAAGGAACCUUAAAGCACCUGUUUCCAACAAAACCUCUCAAUCAGCAGCACAACCAUUGGAUGGGGUGAAGCAUGGGAUCUCUUGCUUGUCUCAAGACUCGUAUGGUGCGUAUAUUGCUGCAUCAUGCAUGGAUAGCAGGAUCUAUCUAUAUAGUGCUCUCCAUAUGGACAAGGGUCCAGUAAAGGUUUACACUGGCAGCAAAAUUGAAUCUUUCUUUGUCAAGUCUGCUAUCAGUCCUGAUGGGACUCAUAUUCUAAGUGGUUCGAGUGAUGGCAGUGUUUACCUGUGGCAGGUUGAUCGACCUGAAAAUGGCCCUAUAGUUCUAAAAGGCCAUGAAGGUGAAGCUACUUCAGUUGACUGGUGUGCUUUAGAGGUUGGAAAGAUUGUAUCAUCAUCUGACGAUUACACGGUUCGUGUAUGGAAUACCAAGAAAGUGGAUUGUACCAACAUAAGCUCCCCCAUGGUCAUACGCAAGAGGGUAACAGCGCCAAACGUUGAAUGCCCAAGGUCAGCUAGCCAUGAACGAGCGACUACUUCAAGAGAUGUAGCAGUCUGCACCAGAGCUGACAGUGAACUGAUUGGCAGUUCACAUUCCCCCCUGAAGCCCAGAGUGCUGGAGUUUGGCACACCAGAGUCUGCAAAAAAGAGAGCCUUUUCAUUGUUUCAGGAGGAGGCCUUGGACAUGAGGAAGAGCCCAGGAGCUCAAACGAACAGCCCCUCUUCAGUUCUAAGCCCACCUCCUUCGCUGAAACGGAGAACAAUUCGGGAUUACUUCGCCAGUAGCACAUCUUGAAGCAUGAGACAUCCUAAAAAGUAGAAAGUAUCAUGGAAUUUUAGCUGCCCUGAGGAGCAUUCUUAAAUUAUGCAGGACCAAGGGUGUUAAUUGUGAAGAGACAUGCAAUUCUUGGAAAAUCCUUCUGGGGAGCUGAUCUGCCGAUGUGCUUAUACUUUCCAACGGAGGCGAAGUGGUGGUCUUUCUUUCCAUUUCCAUUGGCACAUGAUCGAUCGAUCUGAGGAAGUGGAUUGUACAUGAUAUAUUGCUAAAACCAUGUCUUUUCUCUUUCGUGUUCUUUCCUCAUUGACCUCGUAAGGUUUUGUUUUGAGGAAACCUUAGUUAGUAGUCUAACAAAAUUAAAGGAAGCUUUUCCUGAUUUCACUUGGUGAAUUGUUGGUAAAUAAAGAUUCAUCUAUCUUGCUGGUCAGUGAAUUCUCUGUUGAUUUGUUGCAAAAAAAAAGAACUAUCAUGUUGGCAAUAUGUUUUGAAACAUUAGUGUUGA